GUAUAAAGUUCUUUAUGAAAGGAUAAAUGAUUAUCAUAUUCGAACUGGUCAUAGGGAAAACGCCAAGUUGCGAAUGGCUGUAACCAAUAAAUACACUAUCCUAGGAUCCGGAUUGAAAUUUUUUAAUCAAUUCGAGUAUGUACGGUAUGCAAUUGUAAAAAUAAUGUAAACCGUAAAUUAUUCUUUAAACCAAUAGUCAUUAAAAAGUUUAUCGAAAGAGGACAAGUAGAUCUACUAAUUUUCAAUCAGUUCCUGAUGAAAAAUUUAAACGGAUACUGAAUUAUUAGGAUUAUUGCAAUAAAUUUUCAUUUUUACGUUCUCUCGAGUCUAAACAUGCGUCUGAAGCUAUUAAUUUACCAUCAAUCUUUCUUAUAUUUAGCGCAUUCAAAAUAUUGCAGAACAAUAACGGUAGGGAAUUCGUAAAUUCUAUAAUUAUUGAACUUAAAGAACUUUGGCCAGGUGGUUGUGUAAUUAUUUAUGGUCCAGCCAGAUACCCACAAAUCCAGUAUAGUUUUGAGAGAUGCAACCAGGACAUAAAAAAUAUGUUAAAAUCUUAGAUAUAAAACAACAAAACAGAGAAAUGAUCAAUUGGACCACAAUUUUUCAAUUUCAAUAAAAUAGUUCCCAUCAUUGAGUAUUGGGUAGGUCACUAUAUAAGACUUUGUUUGAGAAUAGUCCGAAAAUUGGAAUGUCUACUUUCAAUUUACCUUUGGAAAUUUUACAAAAACUUGUAACCGAAGAAGACUUGGGGGAAAUUUGCAAAAAUUAAGUUCAAAAUUAAAUCGAAAAAAUAAAUACUCGCUGUAGCCCACUAAGGCGAAAAACGGAUGCCACCGAAUCAGUUUUAUGUAACUUGUGUGAGAAUAUAAUGAAAGUUAAAGAGACACGUUAUCUAGGAUCUAAAGGAAUACAAAACGGAGCUGAAAAAAAAAUUACAA